CGCUCGAUCUCAGGCUCCACUCGUGUCCUCUCUGGCUCGAAUAAAUGGUCAAAGAUUCGCCACAAGAAGGGCGCGAAGGAUUUAGAAAGAGGCACGGUCUACUCUGCCAUCUCGAGAGAGAUCCUUGCUAGUGUGCGUCAGCAUCCAACGCGCUCGUGUGAUCCUAACACCAACGCGAGGCUUGCAAGCUUGCUGAGGAAAGCCAAGGAUAACGGCGUGCCAAAGGACAGGGUCACUGCUACGCUCGAAAAGGCGAACGGGGUCGCGGCGGGGAGCAUGCACUCGGUCACGUACGAAGCUCUUGGACCCCCAAACAAGGCAGGAGUGCCGGUAGCACUGGUCAUAGAAUGUCUUACGGACUCUGUCCCGCGCACGCUCGCGAAGGUCAAGGAGUUGAUGAACCGAGCAAAUGCGCGGCUCAGCUCUACAGCUCACCUAUUCAAUCGCGUAGGGCGAAUGCGGAUCCUGCCUGGUCUUGCAGACGGCUCAGACAGCAGACGAUCCUUUGAUCAGGUGUUUGACGUUGCGGUGGAAGCGGGGGCCACGGACGUGCGUGUCAUGGAAGCAGAUGAGAUUGAUGAGGAGUUGGAG